AUGGAACCACAACAUCUCGGUCUAGCAAUGAUACAUCAACACGAUCAGAUUGGCUCCAUUCGCCAAAUUCGUCCAUGUCUCCGCCUCAAUUCGAUCGAUGAUCGUCCACUUCCGCUACAUCUCGGGAUGUACGAAGCGGGACAACGACCUCGAGUCUCGAGGAAUCGGACAAUAAGUGAAUCGGUGCUUGGCCCUCACAAUUCAUUGCACGGAAUCGGGGCAAACAAUCGAUCGAAUCCCAUUCAUCGGACACCGCGACAACAGCAACAACUCCAGCCACCGCCAACCGUUCAUCUGCCAAUGCACAGCCCACAGCAUCUGACCGCCUCGUACUACUGUGCAGACAAGUUGACCUUGCAAGGAAAACCGAUUCCCGGAAACAGCUCUUCAGGUGGUUCAGGCCACUCAGGCUCACCCGCCGGACUCCCGGAGGCGCAGCAACAAUUCCGCGAAGUCUUCACCUCGCCAGCUCCCUGCUCAUCGGAGAUGGAUCAAUUGGUAUGUGGCUCGUCGAAAGGAUCCAUUCCCAGUGCCGAUAAUCCGGAUUUCUACCAAAAAGAUCGCAAAAAGAAGGACAUUCACAAUAGGAUUGAACGCGAUCGUCGCAAUAAUAUUAACGACCGAAUCAAAGAAUUAGGGCUUUUGUUGCCUAAAGGAGCCUCCAAAGAGAUGAAGCUGGACAAAGGGACGAUUCUCAAAGCAUCUUGUGACUACAUUCGAAAGUUGCAAAAGGAUCGAGAUGAACUCAAGGAGAUCUUGGCGAAGAAUGGCCUCAAGGCGCCCACCAAAGUUCUUCCUACACUCCCAGCCCCUGGAUCAAUCAAACAGGAGAUCGAAGAGAGUCCAAAUGAAACCCCAUGCGGAUCACUUGUAAGCGAUUGCUCAACUCUUCUCAUGACUCCCCUCGAAAAGACACACAAUCAAUCGGCUCCCGAUUGGUCCUCAUCGGGUUUUAUGUCACAACUCUCUGACACGACGUCUGCGAUGGCGAUCGCCUCCCCGCUAGGAUGUAUUCACCAUGGGUCCGAUCAAUUCUUUGGCUCAAGUCCACAAGGUUAUCAGACGCCACAAUGGAGCCCCGACAGUCAAAGGAUGCACCACGGGCCAUUCCCCGAUUUGAUCACGGAGUGGUGUCUUGAGAACAAUCCACUCCUCCACUCGGACCCGUUAAUGUCACAAGCCGGAGGCCCAUCGUCAAACCUUGCCGUCAGCCAGAUGAGCCAUGGUCUCUCGUGGAAUCCCACAAAUUUCAGUCCCGACCCGAACACCGUAUCGAUGCACGCCAAUCACAAUAUGGACUAUUCA